UGUAAACCAGAUGUGUCCAUCAACUUUAUCACUUCGAUAACUAUUUAUAAUUUUACAUCGUUUUGAACUAGUUUGAAACGCAGUCAGUUGUCAAUAAAUCGUGCAAUGUCCGUUUUUCGAAACGACUCUUUCACCGAAGAUGAGAUUUUCGGCGACCUCGAGCCCCACGAAGACUCCUCACCAAUCAAUUCAAUCCUCGAAGUAAUUUGGAAUGUGGUUUUUGAAAUAACCAAACUUGUGGUUUGUGUAUCAUCAGCAGUAGCAGCGAGUUUUCUCAUCUACAUUUUUCUAAAGUUCGAGAAAGUGAGGAAGAAAUGCAAUAUUUUCCUCCUCCAUUACGCCAUAUCAUCGCUGAUUGACGUCAUGUUGGUACCACUGGUCAUGUUGUUGUCUCAAAUUGCGUUCACGGGUAUCUUCGGAUGGGAGGUUUUAUGUUUCAUUUAUUCGAUUAAUAGCUCGACGAAUAUUUUGGUUUUUGCGUUUGGGGCCAUGAUUGGCUUUUACUGGUUCAUCGACAAUUUCCACAAUUCCUUGAUCAAAAACAGGAAAAAGUUUGAGAUUUUCACCACGAUUUUGGUUUAUACAGUGUGUUCGAUUAAACUGGCCGUGGUUGGGGGUGAAUGUUUCGUUGAAAAGUCCCUUUACACCAGCGAAAUUCUCCGAAUCACGUUCUUUAUAAUUUUUUUAAUAAUCGCAGGGAUUAAUAUUUUUGUCAAAAGAAAAACUCUCACAGAAAUUCAAGUUAACACAAAAUACGAAUUGACAAUUUCCUCUUUCUUGAUUUUCACUUAUGUUCCGAUUUUUGUCCUCGGAUUUCUUUUCUACUUUAAUUUGAAUCCAGACUGGCUUAAUUUUGUUUUUUAUGUUUACAAUGUUACUGAAAUUGUGGCUUUCAGUGGAACACUCAUUGUGACGUAUAUUUUGUACCAAAAAAGCAAACAUUUCAGAGUCGCUUGUAAGAGUAUUUUCAAACGCUCGCUGAAAAACUACGACGAAGAGGAAUUGGAUGAAGAAAGUGAAGAGGAAGCGACUGGAAGCAACAAUAAUGCAAACUUGGGCUUUAUUUGAGUUUUUUAUUGUAUUAUAAUUAUUGUUUUUUAUAUAUGUUCCAAAUCUGGUGACAAACGACCUUGUCAAAAAUGAAAAAUGAAAAAAAUAUUGUCCAUAGGCGUCGUAAUAAAAUGUAUU